AGAGGGACGUGGGGCACUCAGAGUUUGAGAGAAAUGGCUGUGUGGGAUUUGACCUGCGAUGGCACCACCAACUCCCAGCCUCCAGUCUGGGUCCAGGGGCAGCUGCUGUGUGUACCCUGGGCUCAGAGUCCCCCUCCCCUCCAAGGUCAAAGAGACUUUGACUUGGCGGACGCCCUUGAUGACCCUGAACCCACCAAGAAGCCAAACUCAGAUAUCUACCCAAAGCCGAAACCACCUUACUACCCACAGCCCGAGAAUCCCAGCAGCGGUGGAAAUAUCUACCCAAGGCCGAAGCCACGUCCUCAACCCCAGCCUGGCAAUUCCGGCAACAGUGGAGGUAGUUACUUCAAUGAUGUGGACCGUGAUGACGGACGCUACCCGCCCAGGCCCAGGCCGCCUGCAGGAGGUGGCGGCGGUGGCUACUCCAGUUAUGACAACUCCGGCAACACAGAUGGAAGACGGGGCUAUAGACCCAACUCUCGUUAUGGAAAUACUUAUGGUGGAGAUCACCAUUCAACGUAUGGCAAUCCAGAAGGCAACAUGGUAGCAAAAAUCGUGUCUCCCAUCGUAUCUGUGGUGGUGGUGACACUGCUGGGAGCAGCAGCCAGUUAUUUCAAACUAAACAACGGGAGAAAUUGUUUCAGGACCCGUGAAACAGAAAAUGUCUGAAGACGUUAAGAUCCCCUGAUUACUUUGAGAAAAACAACUAAAACAAGAACCCUGUUUAUCACUGUUGUGGAAAUUUCCUUUUAUUCUUGACACAAUUUGAUGACCUAAAGUGUGUUUUCUUCUGUGUGAAGUACGUGAGCUGCCUCACUAAGCAUUCCCAACUCAUUGGACGUGAUGUGGUUAUAGAGAUACAUUAGGCAGCUAGACCCUGCAUUCUAAAAAAGGAUUGCUUGAUCUGUUGGUUUGGCCAUUCAUGUGCACAAAGAGACUGUGGCUCUCUAUUCUGACAUCUUCAGCUACCUCACAGUGCAAUAACACACACACGCUUAACCAUGUUGAUGGCACAAAGCAGUGAGCAGUAGGGAGGCAGAGUAUCUUGGUGGGGAGGGGAUGUUAUCAGCUUUUGGGAGAUGAAGAAUAUCAUUGAGUUUCCAAAGAUGGUGGGCCUGUGCUAAAUUCGUCAGUGUUAUAAAAAAUCGUUGAGCAUUCAUUAUUGCGAACGAAGUGGGGAUGCAUUAUUUCUGACACCCACAAGCAGGGUUUGAGCAUCCUUUCAGCUUUGAUGUAUCUGCACAUAAAAUUAUUAUUACCUGAAGAAAAUAAGGCUGCAUUUUGAAAUGUUAAGUGCAAAGCGACUGAUGUUAAAACCACCUGGGGGAAAUCUUGGGAUACUUUUUCCUAGAAAAUCACAUGGUUUUGAUAUGUUUUGGCAGAUAGGAGACAGAAAUGGUGAUUAUCAGGCGUUGAGUCCUUUUGUAGUAUUUGUAGUCUUUGAUACUCUGUAAGUACCGGUUCCUAAGGCAACAACAUUGCAUUCCUUGGUUUAUACUUUUUCUGUUCACCAGAGUAGGAAAUCUUAAAUCCUUAGGCAUCCAAGAAGUAUACUAGCUUUUUGCUUCUCUUUUAGAAAUAUUUGUGGGGAGAGAAGAAAAAAUGAUGGUUUGGGCAUAUUGGUAUAGUUUGAGGAAACUAAGGUUAAUGUUCAUGUAACAUUUAGACUUUGCCAUAAAUAUCAGAACCAAAGAUUGAGACAUUCAUGUAGAGUCUGGAAUGUAUAUACAGGACCCAUAAAAAUUCCCAGUAUGCAUGUUUUGUGCUCACCAGUAUGAACUGGGGUCUUCAAAGAGAGAAGGUUGAAAGUGGAAAGCCCUUGAAAGAGCUCCCCAAUUUGUAAAAUAUCUUUUUUUUUUUUUUUUUUUUUAGACGGAGUCUCGCUCUGUCGCCCAGGCUGGAGUGCAGUGGCUGGAUCUCAGCUCACUGCAAGCUCUGCCUCCUGGGUUCAC